AUGAGAGGAAUUAACGCUUCUAAAUUUCUUAUUAUCUUCGCUUUUUAUUGCGUUUUGGACAUUUCGUUUGCCAAACGAGUCAUUACCUUUAAUUCGGUGUCAUGUUUGAGUUCUAAUAAAAGUUUGGUAUUUUUUGAAUGUUUUGUGAAACCGAUUACGGAUGAUAUCGCAACAUUAAAUGUUGUAAUACAUUUUCUUAAAACUGUUCCUGACAUCUCAUUUGCAUAUGAUGUGACUUUGAAAGCAGCAAAUAGAGGAUUUCGUUCAUUAGUUAAUGGCAAGGAUAUUGACAUGUGCAAGUAUCUCGAUGGGUCAAAGAAAAGCAUUGCACUUAAUUACGGCUUGAAUUUGGUUCGAAAACACUUUCCGGAAGGAUCUUUACACCCAUGUCCGUAUAAGGCUGGCACUAUAGAAUUGAAAAAUAUUUUAUCAGGCUCUUCGGAAACAAAGAUGACAGUAUUUCCGCCAGCAAUGUAUAUGAUUAAAUUGAAAUAUUACAAUAAGGAAGAUGACAACAUCGCGUCACUUAAUGUGACAUGUACAUCAAAGGAUAUUUAA